AUGAGGCAAUACCUGCUAUUCUGAACGUUAUCUUAUAAAUUAAUGCUACACCUUUUGAGCUUUCUAGGGCACGGGACAGGGGCAUAUCGUAAACGCUGUGUCAUGGCCCUUUAAGAUACGCCAUGUUUGCGCUCUUUGGUGCGUCACCGUAGAAGAGGAUGAUGCUGUUAUGUAAAGCGCGCUGACAGAGCUGAACUUCACCCGAGUUACUGAUGUGCGUCCCACGAAGAGGUUUAUUAGCUGCUUUUAGAGCUUGAAGUGUUGCUUGUUGGGGAGUAGGGAAUGUGGACAUCGCGUGCGCACGGACCAGCGGCGCUGUUCAGUUCGGACUAUCGACGUCUCACCAUGAGUUCUCCGCUCCCAGUCCCCCUCGUGCUGUACAGGAAGCGUACACCUGACUCUUUCCCGAUCCUUCUAGAAGAGAUCCCACGUUUCUGGUUGAUUGAAUAGGGAGUUGGAUCCUCAGACACAACAGGAACAUGCUGAAGUCUGCAUUCUUUUAAGAAGCCCCCAUCUGAGCUCCAAGCUUGUUCUCCAGUGGGUGAACAUGAAGGCUCAGGGCAACUCCAUGGUCAAAUAUAGCAAGGUCAAGGACAAGAAAUGCAAGGAAAAGACUUCGGUGGCUCGAAGGAUAAAGGAGAAUAAGCUGGAGAGAAGAAGAAACACAAAUGUGAGCAGACACCGGAGGAAGGCCCUAAAAGUGAACCGCAAAGAUGCAUUAGACUGCUGUGUCCUGCUCACACGGCUGGAUGUGGGAGAUGUCAAGAAUUCACCAAAAAAUAUGAGUGGAAAAGUGAAACAAAGAAAUAAAUGUGAUCAACCCAGACUAAAGCAUAGGCCCACCCAAAAAGCAGAGGAACCAAAAAUGAAAAACUCCCAUGCUUUUUUGAGGUUGUCACCAGAACCUCGCAGGCGAAGAAUGGCCUCUCUGAAUGCUGAGGCUGUUAACUCUCUACUGCUGUUCCGGGAUGAUCCACUGAGCUCUAGAAAAACACAGCUGCCUAAAGACAAUCAUAAUGAACAUGAGCCCAAAGCCCACAAACCCAAACGGAAAGCAACACAAACACAGCAAGAUGUGGGUUGUAAAAAUGCAUCAGUCACACAGGACCAGAGCAUUGACUGGCUAAGUAUAUUUGCACCUACACCUCGGCGACAGGCUGGCCUCACUGCUGCGACACUCCUCAAACUCACCAGUGCUCAGUACACAAACAAGAGGCAGAAGAAGAGGGAGGUCACACAUGACGCUGAGAGCACCACUCAGUGUGACGCUCAGAGAAAAUGCGACCACAAAAUAUGGACCCAACACACAAGGCAGAAGAAGAUCAGGGGUAAGAGAAGGCUACAGGGUUGCUCUGGGUCUUCUGCUCAGGCUGUGACACCUGAGCUAAAAGACUGUGCUAAAGCUCCACUGCAGCAUCCUCCCGCUCCCAGCUUCUCUCCGCAGGUGAAAGAGGAGCAGGUGGAGAACCAGGUAUCGUCCUGCUACUGCUGCACUCAAGAGAAGUGUGUCCAGUACUGCCAUCGCCUCUCCCUCUUCCUGCGGGACAAAUCCUUUCAAGGACAGGACAGUGUGUUCCACCAUCACCACCAUCACCACCACCUCCCUGCCCUCGGCACACACUCAUACACCUGUUUCCCUGGAUAUUACUUUCACUUGUGCCACCCCUCUGACACGUCACAGGAGCAUGUGUACCCCAGCAGCAGAAAGGGGACCAAGCUGCUAGGGACCCAGAGCUCAGGGGCCUCAGGGAUCUCUCACCCAGUCUACUGCUGCACCUCUGUGGAGCCCUGCUUUGACCCGUGUACAGUCAGUAGUUACCGGUCGUACUCCAGUAUGAUUCCAGCCAUCUGCCACAUGGGCUGUACCACAUGCAACCACACUGUAAAGAAAGAAGAAUACCCACCAGCAGUCAGUGGCCUGCACAGUCCCCCAUCGCUCCCCAUGUGUCCUAGUCCCAGAGUUCUCACUGGCUGCCCCAUUUCUCCAGUGCCUCCAGCCGGACAAUCAGUACACACUCCAGCCAAGCCCUCCGAGCCAAGCCAGCCCGCUGCCCCUUUGCGUCACAACUUUGCACAGAGUACCAUGGCCUCCAGAGCCUCCCAGGUGGACUCAGUGGUCAUCAGGAAUAGAAAGCACACACCCAGUGCCAGUGGGGUGCGCUCUAUCGUCAACAAGUGGCGCCAUAAAAGCACCAAUGGAUGGCGGCCCGUGGGUCUGCCCUUUCAGAGGGAGGUGUUCACUGUGGGUGAGGAGACUCCUGUGCUGAGGACUUGUUUCGAGGCAGUGCAGCGAGACGGAGAUGUAAUCCAGGUCCGAGACACAGUCCUUCUCAAGUCUGGACCAAGGAAGAAGAGUCUGCCUUAUGUGGCCAAGGUGUCUGCACUGUGGGAGGAUCCAGACUCAGGAGAGCUGAUGAUGAGUUUGUUUUGGUACUACCGCCCAGAACACACACAAGGAGGACGCAAGCCUAAUGUUCACUGUGAGAAUGAGGUGUUUGCAUCCCGACACCAGGAUGUGAACAGUGUGGCCUGUAUCGAAGACAAAUGCUACGUUCUUACAUUGGCACAGUAUUGUCGGUUUCGUGCCUUGUUGAAGCGGCAGCAGGAGGGUGUUGGCUGCAGUGCUGCCUCUGUGGUACCCCCUGCUCUGGAGCAUGGCUUGCCCACAUACCACUGCGUACCCCCUGAUAUGGAUCCCCACCUGGUCUUCUUCUGCAGGCAUGUCUAUGACUUCCGCUACGGUCGCCUGCUCAAGAACCUUCACUAGUCACAUGAUCCCUACUUGAGUUUUUCAUCCAGUGGCACAUACCAUCUCUGUUCACCAGUACCAAUAGGAAACCCACUUCCCAACUUAUGAACCCUUAUUGGUUCUGCUCUGUUUGAAAUCACAAUGUUGAGAAACAGAGUUGGUACAGGGCCAGUGAGCUGAUGCCUGUAUCGGGUGAAUGUCAAAGGGCAGGGGUUGAUUUCUCACGAGAGGAAGUAUAUAAAAUGUCACUGUAGCUGCUUUCUGUGAGGGAGUAAAGGAAAAAGAAUAUAUCAAAGAAAUGCAGAAAAACAGGAAUCAGUUUGAUUCAUAUAUAAAAUCAAAAGAAUGAAAUGUAUCUUUUAAUAGUCCUCACUUCAAAUGAGCACCUUCUUUCACCAUUGAUCACAUUCUCAACGUCUUACCGCAGCAGGUCCAUCUGAACUCUGAACAUUCUUAACCUAGAUGUGGCUUUACAUUGCACCUUCUGGACCAUAUUUUUUCCUGCCACAUCGCUUUAGUCAUGUUUAUUCUUGUAUCUCCUUAUGACUCAUGUAUGUGGCGCUCUUUCUCUCGCUCUCUUGUUUUUCAAAAAAAUCAUGUCCAUUUCUUUCUGUUAAAAUUAUUUAUUGCUGUAACAACAAAAGUAGUUUACCACCAAUGGGUAAAACAACACAUUUACUUUUUGACCAAUUUUGCCCUCUUCUCAUCCCUUUUACAAAGCUUUGUGCCCUUGAUAAUGCUGCCUUAUACCCAUACCCCAGCCUUUCUAUGUAUAGGAGAACACCAUAUGUGAUUCCUAAUUCUUUUGAACUCCCAUCACAUAACAAUACAGACCUGUGUCCAUAAAGUCUCCCUCUGACAUUAAGCCAUACUGAAGUUUUUUGUACAUUUACAAAUAUAUUACAAAAUGUAACAAAAAUUAUGUUUAGGAUAGAUAAAAUAGGUUACACUAAGGAUAAAAAUUACCUUUUCUAACCAGUUUUUGCUCUCAGAGACAAACUGCUUAUCAUCUUUGAUUACAUCCACAAAUGUCUCUGGUCUUCCUCGUCUACUUCCUGGCAUCUCCAAUCUCAACAUGUCCUUCCCAUAUUUUUCCUGUUUCACAUCUGUAUGUUUUAUAUAUAUAUACGUCUGCAAACAGCAUCAUUCGUGGCUCUUAAACUUGUCCUGCAAUACAUUUUUUACUAAGUCUGUAUUAUCCAAAUGUGGGAAAUUUUUAGGCUCUGCUAUCUAUGUUUGGAUUGUAUUUUCACAGUUGCACAGACAUUUCAAUUAUUGCAAUAGACUGGGAGGUCUUGAAUAAUUUUGAUACAUUGGCUGUUUGUUGGAUGCUGGAUGUAGUGUAUGGGGAUGUUCAGGUUUAUAUUCACUUUUGCUUAGACAACUCGGCAGGUGUUGAAUUGUGAGUUCUUGUGUCCUCACUGAAAUGGACUGUUGUGACAGUUGAUUCCACUCUCUCUUAACUGUAGGUUAUUGUAACUACUGCACAGAUUAUUUGUAUGAAUUUAAAAGGACCUCUGUAUUAUAAGAACAAAUAUUUAUAUGUAAUAAAUUAUUUAUCAAGUUAAGUGUCUUGCUGUGCAGCAUUACACUUAUCCACCAGA